AUGGGGGACAAAUUAAUGUAUCACUACCCUCCUCUAUCACAAAUUCAUGGACUAGCAGAAGCGGAAAUUGAACACUCGCGAUGGUUUAAUAUCUGUAUUUCAGGGAAUGCUAACUCUGGGGCAAGUCGCCAUGGAAUUACUUUUGAAAAGCAGGACUUGUUACCAAAACUUCCAAUUCCAAGUCUGGAGUCUACAUGCCGCAAAUAUCUUGAUAGUUUGGCUCCGCUACAAAGCCCAAGAGAGCACAAGGAGACCAAAUCAGCAGUUCGAAAGUUUUUGAGAGAUGAGGGCCCUACAUUACAGAAGAAACUGCAGCUUUAUGCCUCCUCAAAAACAAGUUAUAUAGAGCAAUUCUGGUAUGAUUCGUACUUAAAUUAUGAUAAUCCUGUCGUUUUGAACUUAAACCCGUUUUUCCUGUUAGAAGAUGAUCCCACUCCAGCUCGAAACCACCAGGUAACGAGAGCGGCUUCACUAGUUGUGUCUGCUUUAUCCUUCGUGCGAGCAGUGCGAAGAGAAGAAUUAGCCCCUGAUGUCGUACGUGGGAACCCUCUCUGCAUGUUUCAAUUUUCCAGGCUAUUCGGUACUGCUAGGGUACCCAACGAGCAUGGCUGUGUCAUAAAUCAGGAUUUAGUAUCAAAACAUUUGGUCGUUUUGUGCCGUGGACAGUGUUAUUGGUUUGAUGUUCUUGACAAGACCCAUGACUUGAUAAUGACUGAAAAGGAUAUCUCUGUGAAUCUUCGCGCUAUCAUCGAAGAUGCUGAGCAGACCCCUAUUGAAGACGCCGCGAAAGGCGCAAUCGGUGUUUUAAGUACAGAAAACAGGAAGAUUUGGUUUAGAUUAAGGGAAAUUUUGAAUUGUCAAUCAGGAUCAAAUAACGCAGACUGUCUGAAGAUUAUCGAUACUGCACUGUUUGUGUUAUGUCUAGAUUACACUGAGCCUUCCAACAUCGCCGAAAUUUGCGGUAACAUGCUUUGCGGUACGAGCGAAGUGGUUAAAGGCGUUCAGAUUGGUACCUGUACCAACCGAUGGUAUGACAAACUGCAAAUUAUUGUUUGUCGGAAUGGCAGUGCUGGUAUCAACUUUGAGCACACCAGUGUUGACGGGCAUACGGUCCUUCGUUUCGCAAGCGAUGUGUUUACCGACACAAUUCUUCGGUUCGCGAAGACGAUCAACGGCCAGGCACCGAGCAUGUGGGCAUCUACGAGUCCAACACCCUCAAGGCGUAAACUGGACGCGUAUCACCAUUCUAGUACCACGCCGCGUAAACUGGAAUGGGAUAUGAGCGUAGAGCUCAGCACGGCUGUGAGAUUCGCCGAGUCUCAUCUCGCUGACUUACUUCACCAACACGAAUUUGAGACCUUGGAUUUUUGCGCCUAUGGAAAAAGCUUCAUUACCUCGGUGGGCAUUUCCCCUGAUGCCUUUCUCCAGAUGGCCUUUCAAGCUGCAUAUUAUGGAUUGUACGGUCGAGUAGAGAACACAUAUGAGCCCGCAAUGACGAAAACCUUUUUACAUGGUCGCACUGAAGCCAUCCGUACUGUUUCAUCAGAGUCGGUAAACUUUGUGACAACCUUUUGGGGGAAUAAUCCCACCACAGAAAAAGUGGCGGCAUUGAGAAUAGCCACGCAGAAACAUUCUGUAAUCACCAAAGAGUGUCUGCAGGGCCAAGGCCAUGACCGUCAUCUCUAUGCGCUCUACUGUCUCUGGCAACGUUCAGUGGGUGAGAUACAGACUGAUGCAGGAAGUGGAGGUCCUAGCCUGCAAGGCGACUAUACCCAAGACACGAACAUCGCCAAAGAUAAUUGUUCGUCGGCUAGUGGGCAUAGCCAGUUUAUUAAGAUUCCUGCAAUUUUCAACGAUCCCGGCUGGGAUAAGAUUAAUAACACUAUACUUUCUACAUCGAACUGUGGAAACCCGUCACUCCGCCAUUUCGGGUUUGGUCCGACCUCAGGAGGUGGAUUUGGGAUCGGCUAUAUCAUAAAAGACGAUUCAAUAUCCAUCUGUACGUCGUCAAAACAUAGACAAACGAGUAGAUUCAUGCAGGCUUUGGAAUCGUACCUCCUUGAAAUCCGCAGGCUCCUCCAAGCCCCACUUGACCCUAAAAGCGGACCAACUUCAAGUACAGCGCAGGAAAAUUCUGGAACAGGCACACGCACCCCCCUCAGGGGUCGAGUCAUCCGAACAGAUUACACAGAGUCGGCUAUCGAUACGCCCGCAACCCAGAGGGAACAUUUAGAUAACGAUGGUUUGGGUGGCUAUGGGUUUUUUGACGCGGGCAUGCUCCGCCAUGCCCUACAAGUGCCGCAAGAAGGGGUUGAAAAGAAGAAACAAAGCAUCAAAGAAAAGGUUUGCUGGGAAAAAGCUGAAACCCAAUGA